GGAUGAGGAAACCUAUUAUAAGCGAGAGCGGGGGCUGAUAAGGCGUAUGCGGGAACGCGCGCAGGCAGGGCCGUGCCGCAUCAAUAAGGAGAAUGAGGAAGGGUUGAUAAUUGGCGAGCCUGGCUUCCUGUCGCCCCAGGAGAGGACCUUGAUGGUGGAGACCAUGAGGAGGAGGCAUUGCGCGUAUGCGUUUAAUGAUGACGAGCGUGGGAGGUUGGACGUGGAUAAGAUCCCGAUGAUACGAAUUCAUACCGUCCCGUGGAACCUGAGGGGCGCGCGGUACCCGAAUCCGGAUGAGGAGAAGAAGGUGGUGGAUUACUUGGAUGGGAAGAUGAGGACGCACAUGAUUAGGGCCAUGCAGACGGUUAGUCCACAUAUCACUCAAUCCUACAUUGACGAUUUGGCGGCCAAGGGUUCAAAGGAGAAGGAGGAAGAUGAAGUGAUGCCAGGAGUAAGGCGGUUCGUCUGGAAGCACGUCCAGGAUAUCGAUCAGGUUCUGGGUCUGCUGGAAGAACACAACCUGACGGCGAGAGGCCCCAAGUCAAAACAUUGUAUGAGGGAGGCCACGAUUCUGGGCUUUGUCUAUAACGAGAAGGGGCGGAGGCCAGACGUGAAGAAAACGGAUAAGAUCCUAGAGUGUCCAGUCCCCUUCCAAUCGAUAAUGGACGUGAGGAGCUUCCUUGGGACCUGCGAGUUUUGGAGGAGUUUUGUGAAGGACUUCGCCACCAAGACGGAGCAUUUGAGAAGCUGGAGGCUCAUUUUGAGGGUGGACCCUACCGCGCUGGCGUGUUCCCUGAAAAGUUAUACUCCAUCUGACCCAACCAUCGCGAGGUGGUUGACUUACAUUUGGAUGUUUAGCUUUGAGUUGGAGAGGAUUCCCGGGGACAAGAACAGGGCAGAUGGGCUGAGCCGUAUCAACUGGGAUGGGGCGGGCAAAGAGUCAAUUGAGGAUACCCCGCCAAUUGACGGGUUCCUGGAUCAGGAAGAGGAUGUCCGCCUCCACAUAAAUGAAUGGUCGCUAAGGGUGCCUAGCUGCGUCACGCAUCCUAUAUGGCUAGCACCAAGGGGGUACGAGGAGAAGGAGGAAUUGGUCCUCAAGCCUUUCCAGGAGGAAGAUCCGUGGGGGAGUAGGGAUGUUGGYUGGAUGAUGAGGUUGGCAUUGGCAGGGACACAUGGUCUAGUGGAGGAGGUAAGGACGAUAGAGGAAGGUCCAACCCAGGUAGAGGAGCAUGAGCAGCUAAUGGGAGGAAUGUACUUGCUCACCAACAUGCUUCUGCAGGGGAACUUUGGCCAGAGGAGCGCAGCUAACUCCGAAGAGGGCGARAUUCUCAUUCCUGAGAGCCAGAACGAYGAGUUCGAAGAGGGAGAGAUUAGGGAGGCCUUCCAUGCCGAGGAGUAUGAAGGAAUUUAUCAGGAGUUGGGGUUACUGCUGUUGUGCGAAAUGAGGGAUAGGGACGCAAGUGCUAAGGCCCAGAAGAUGAGGCAUCUCUACGUAGUGAGAGAUGACCAUUUGUUUAUAAAGCGACAGGUUGGGAACCCCAAGAGGAUCGUAUGUGGGAGGAACCGGMAGAUCRAUGUCAUAGCAGCCUUACACGAUGGUAUAGCAGGGGGGCACAUAGGGGUUAGUGCCACGUGCGCAAAGAUAAGUGAGCUAUACCAUUGGGAUGGAAUGCUGACUAUGGUCAUCAAGUACUGYCAGUCUUGUGUACCCUGCCAACAGAGGUCUGACUUUUCGAAGACAGUCAUGCAGAGGGGCGGAAGGGACACACGGCCACGCCAGGGGCCCYAGAGGAUGGRRGGAAGAGGCGAGCAGCAUGAGCCGCCUAGGAGGGAGCCUACGCCURAGUUUGAUGAUGACAACAUUGAGCUUUUCUUGGACGUAUAUCGGGAUCAUGCGGCACAAAGAGGGUGGUCAGUGGCGGAGAGGAUUCACCACUUGAGGGGUAUAGGGCGGUUCGAGGAGCCUGUCGCUCAGAUAUGUGAGGAGGCCCUGACUUGGCCGGACGUGGAAGCCGGGAUGCAGAAGUUGAGAGCUUUCCCUAGGGGGCGUGAUCGCAUGCCCAUUCGAUUGGAGGAGGGGAAUGCAGAUGAGUUCAUCCCCGCAUAUGAGCACUACAUGUUGAGUCUGGGGGUUGCGAGGGAGGAAUGGGUGCAGGCUAUACUUAUCUGGACGAGGCAGGCAAAGAGGGAGGUGGCCACGCAGAUUCGGGAAAGGGCCCGAGACUGGGAGGACUGUCAGGCCCAGCUCAGGAGGGCGUUCGGACGACCACAACACGAGAGGCACGAGCCCAGAGUUGAGAGGCGGCGGCGAAGCAAGAGGCCAAGGGAACCGACACCGAGAGUGGCGGGGCUGGCCAGAGAGAGGAGGGGAGCCCCAACCCAGCGGGAGGAUGAGCCCGCAGGGCCCACAUUGGCAGAGGAGGCGUUCCCUGCUUCUCCAGAGCCAGCACAACGUUCAUGGCCAGAGGGGAUUCCCGAGCCAGGCAGUGAGGAGAUCCCGGAGUUUCCCCCUGAGGCCACCACUAUACCUGAGCAGGAGGCAGAGGCGGAGGACCAGGGUAUGUGUGAGAGAGCGAGGAUGGAGGCGCCCAUUGACUUGCCCUUGGCCACGCAGGUGACCAAGAGCCCGGAUAUCGAGGAGCCCGUUCCAGCAGAGUUACCGCCAGUAGUGCCGCGCGCGAGCGAAGGGAUGGAGGCGGAAGCGUUGACUCCAGGAGGCCAGGGGCCGCGAGUGGAAGGAACUCCAAGAGAGACCCGCGAAGAGAAGUCCGCCCGAGUGCGGGUCGGUCUGGACGAGAUAUACGCAAGACAGGUUGAGAUGGAGGAGGCAGGGAUAAAGCCGACACCGCCGGUUGAGCUCAAGACGAGUGAGCAGAGGAUCGACGAGUUGUGGGCUAGCAAUGAGCUUAGGGUCAAAGAGUUGGAGGUGGAGCACCUGACUACUCAGCUUGCCGAGGAGAGGGUGAGAAGCCAGGCUAGAGAGGUUGAGUGGGAGAGGAGAUUUGGGGAGAUGGCGGCCGCUGUGGAUAGGCUCUCGGCAGCCUGGGAGGCUAGCCAGGUGGGGCGAGCCGGUGCCGAUGGCCAGGGCCGGGGGAUGCGCGCCUCGCCGAGCCAAGGAGCAGCAGUGGAGGUCCCCCGACAGAGUGAGCCGAUGGAGGAGGUGCCCUUGGACGCAGUUGAGGWGGAAGGUGGUGCGCAGGAGUCGCUUAUGGCUAUGUCCACGGAGAGGWGAGGUUCGCGCUUGCAUGAGCUGGCGRCAGCCAUGGGGAUAGGYACUCCACAGGAGAGGCCUCAGAGGCUCGACACUCAAGAGGAUGCUCCGAGAUUGGGAAAGUUGAGGACGGAGCUGSGUUCCUGGGCCACGGARACGGACUCCGGGGAGCCUGACUCGMGGYGACAAYAGYAGCAGGAGGUCAUGAGUGAGCCCACCGCUAUGGGGGGCCCUCARCCGUCAGGGGUAUGCAGGGAUGAGGYGGUGGUGACAGAGAGGGCUCAUGAGGAGGGACCCCGAGAGUUGGGCACGCCGGGCUGCAGGCCAGUGAGCACGACCAUACGAGAGGGUGGGGGUGCUGAGGCUAUGGAGCAUGGACCUCAGGGCCAUGUGGGGUUGCCCUCGUGUCAUGAGGUGACUACUGAGACCAUGGGGACGCCUUCGGCAUCGAGUUCGCAGGGGAGAAAGAAGAAGACUGUCAGAUGGCACGAUGCCUCCUGUUUCUGGUGCAAGGAGGAAGGGCAUAGAGCCGUGGACUGCCCAGAACUCCUCGAAGAUAAGGCCGAGGGGCGAGUUGCGGAGUUCAACGACAAGUUCUAUGACAGGCAGGGCAGGAUAGUAGAGCGAGCUCCAGAUGGGGGCAGGGCUCAAUUAUAUAGGCAGAACCAGGAGGAAUUAUGUAAGUAGGGAUCGGUCUGUUUAUAUAUUGAUAGGACUAGAGAUCCUUGACACACACAGGGCGGGGUUAGGGGUGUACAUACCUUGAGUCAGUUGAGCGGGCCCUAGAUGUGUGUGUGCGUAGGAGUGGGAGGAGGAGUUCCUAUCCAAUCGUGCCUAUGCGUGUGACUUUUGUUCGCUUGUUCCUUUUGAGCUUCUUCGUGGGCUACGACCCAGGGGUAGAACUCAGCAGUAUGAUAUAUGAGACCAUUUAGUUAUAUUUGGUU